AGGUUUCUCUGUUCUCAUUAAUGCCUCAUCAAAUCUCAUUAAAUAUGGGAUUCCUGAAAAACGAUCCCACCUUCUGAGAAUAUACACAUCCUAGAUUAUGAAAAUGAAAUUUGCAGUUCUUUUUCUCCAAAAACCAGUUUUGCGCCGUAAUCUACAACGAAGCAACAAAACAAUUUUAACUUCUUAAUGCCAUUCAUGAGCAGCAAUGGAUACAGAAAAGAAACCAUGGUACAUUCUCAACAAAAGGCUACUACCUAUGAAGGCUCAUUAUUUUUUCUUCUAUGGCGGAAUGGGUGGUACUGUUCCAUUUAUGCAAGUGGUGGCAAAAGCUCUUGGCAUUAGUGCGACCGGCGUUGGAAUCAUUUAUACAAUAAUACCGUUCUGUGUCUUUUUUGCGAAACCUCUCUAUGGUUAUCUUGCUGAUUACUUCCAAAAUCUAAAGAUUAUUCUCAUUAUCCUCAUUGUCAUAACAGUAGGAGCUUUUAUGAGCGUUUUAAGUAUUCCAGCAAUAAAUAUCCUCUCAGGGGAUGAACAAAACGUACAAACUUAUUGUCCAAGUCCCGAAGACAAGCUAUUUAUUAUAACAUCGGAUUAUGAAGGCUCGUGUUUGACUGGAUUACAAACGAAUGUCAGCUGUAUUAUUAAAUAUUAUGGCUGUGAUGAACCUGAUGCUUCGGUCAAAACAUUAAGUGGUGCUCUAGACUUCAGCCAACCAUUAAAAUAUAUAAAUGACACAAUGAUUCAGAUACAGUUCUGGAUAAAUAAUAGCUCAGAUCUCUCUUGUGAAUGUAUUUCAAACAAGAACGUUUCUAUAAACUGCUCCACCAAAAUGAGAUCAUGUUUAUUAAUUGAAAAUGCCGAAUCAUCAGUUUACAGAACUUACCAGUUUUGGGUUUACAUGCUCUUGGCUAUUAUUUCUGGUACGGGUAGCGCGACUGUCUGGACUUUGAGUGAUGCAGCCUGCUGCGAAGUUCUAGGUGAAGACACAAAUAUUUUUGGAAGGCAAAGAUUAUGGGCUACUGUUAGUUGGGGUUCCGUCACUCUUCUUUCUGGGUACCUAAAUGAUUUAGCCACUGCUCAUUCGAAUCAUUCCGAUUAUUCUCCUGGGUUCUAUAUCAUGUUAGUUCUUGUUUCUGUAGACCUGAUUAUACUGAUGAAUAUACAUGUAGCUAAAAGUAGCGUUUCAAUGAAUAUAUGCAAAGACGUUGGCCAGAUCUUCGCAUCUUUGAAAACAGUUGUUUUUGCCAUUGGUGUGUUCAUCGCUGGCGCUUUAUCUGGCCUCAUAUGGAGUUAUGAAUUCUGGUACCUGGAAGACCUGGGAGCCCAUCAGACUCUUCUAGGUUUAGCAGUUGCAGUUCAAUGUUUAGUUGCAGAAGUUCCUUUUUUCUUCUUCGCUGGCUGGUUCAUCAAGAAGCUUGGUCACUUUUAUUGCCUUUCGAUUACUUUCUUGGCGUUUACCUUGAGGUUUGGUCUAUAUAGUGCUCUCAAAAAUCCAUGGUUUGUUCUACCUGUAGAGCUCUUACACGGUUUUACAUUUGCACUUUUCUAUGCAUCAAUGACGGGAUACGCUUCUGAUAAUGCUCCGUCUGGAACUGAAGCUACUAUGCUUGGAAUCUUAGGAGGAAUAUAUGAAGGUCUUGGCAUUGCAUCAGGCAAUCUUUUAGGUGGCAUUGGUUUCGACAAAUUAGGAGGAAGCACUACAUUUUUCUCAGCUUCUAUCAUUAGUUUAAUUUGCACCCUAUCAUUUGCUAUAUCACACCUUAUUAUGAAACGGCUACCCUACAGAGAAGAUUAAAAUGUGCUAAAAAUCAGUCUCUUCAGACAUAUUUUGCCUUGCUGUGACCAAUCAUAAAAUUUUGAAGUGUAUAUUCCUGUGUUAUUUACUUAUAGAAUGCUAUCUUUUGCAUUUAAUAUAUUUAUACUGAUAUAAUUUUUUAUUAAAAAUAAUUUUAACUGUCGU